UCAGGCCUUUCUUCCUACUCUGUCUCAGUCUAGAAGGUCUGCUGACACCUGUCCACCAUGGGUGAUCCUGCUGGUAUUUGAAAUACUGAUGGCAUAGCUUCCAGCAUCAUUGCAACAUGCAAGGCACCACAGUACGACAAACUGACAGAUGGGUGAUGGAGAAUAAAUAUUAGCAAAAUAUAAUUUAUUUAGGUAACCAUUAUAAAUUGAAUUUUAAUAUUUUUUCUAAGUACCCUGAUUGCCUUUCUUAGAAGGCCACUAAUUUAAUCUACACUUACAUGAGCAACCGCUUUAAAUGGAAUUCUUGUACCUCAGGAUAUUAUUACAGCUUACGUUUGGGACCUAGCCAGUUUUGUAAAAUUUGGAUGGCUGAUUUUAGCGGCAGACAUGGAGCCUUCUAAUAAAUAAGUUCUUUGACUCCCUCUUGAUUUGGUUCUUUGGAUGUCUCUGUAUCAUAUGGUUUACUUAGCUGUGAGCAGUUCUCUUAAACAUCCAAAGUCGCUUUUGUCUUAAUUUAAAACAGGUGAUUAGGGAGAAUAUACACACAAGAGCAGUAUCUGAACAGCUGGUAGUUAGGCACUCACAGGAAGUGGUAACUUGUCAGUUUUUUUCCUUUCUGUUCAGUUAUGUUAACGUAGCAUGAACAUUUCCCCUUUUCACCAGAGAAGAAAGAUUGGUUCCGUCUGGUGGAGCUCCAGAAAGAAAAGUUUAAAGACAUUGAUAAUUUCAACUAUUUUUGACUCGAAUUUCAGCAGUACAAUGAGUUUCCGAGGAAAAGUUUUUAAACGGGAGUCCAGUGAAUUUUGGAAGAAGAGACGAACAGUGAGGAGAGUAAACCCAGAAGAAAUCCACAGAUUUAGUUCCCAGGAAAAGCCUAGGCUUCUCGAGCCUUUGGAUUAUGAAACUGUCAUUGAAGAACUUGAGAAGACCUAUGGGAACCAUCCUCUUCGAGAGCUCCUGUUUUUCCCCAGUGAUGACUUCUCAACAGCCACCGUGUCUUGGGAUAUCCGAACAUUGUACUCAACAGUGCCCGAAGAUGCAGCAAACAAAGCAGAAAGUUUACUGGUGAAAGAGGCUUGUAAAUUUUAUAGCUCCCAGUGGCAUGUGGUAAACUACAAAUAUGAACAAUAUUCCGGAGACAUUCGGCAGUUACCACGAGCAGAAUACAAACCAGAGAAACUUCCUUCACAUUCCUUCGAGGUUGACCAUGAAGAUGCCGAUAAGGAUGAAGAUACAACAUCCCACUCAUCUUCCAAGGGCGGUGGCGGGGCGGGAGGAACCGGAGUGUUCAAGUCUGGCUGGCUCUACAAAGGGAAUUUUAAUAGCACCGUGAACAAUACCGUUACUGUUCGGUCUUUCAAAAAGCGCUACUUCCAGCUGACUCAGUUGCCAGACAACUCCUACAUCAUGAAUUUUUACAAAGAUGAAAAAAUCUCCAAAGAACCCAAAGGCUGCAUCUUUUUGGAUUCUUGUACAGGUGUGGUGCAGAAUAACAGACUAAGAAAAUACGCCUUUGAACUGAAAAUGAACGACCUGACCUAUUUUGUGCUGGCAGCAGAAACCGAGUCAGAUAUGGACGAAUGGAUUCACACCCUCAACCGCAUCCUGCAAAUCAGUCCUGAGGGGACCCUGCAGGGGAGGAGGAGCACAGAGCUCACUGAUCUGGGGCUGGAUUCGCUGGAUAAUUCUACAGCUUGUGAAUGCACGCCAGAAGAAACAGAGUCUUCAGAAAGCAGUCUACACCCAGACUUUGCAAAAGUAAUAAAGCUGGCAUUUUACUCUUACCUCGCAGAAACCGAAGAAACGGUCAGAAUGACUCGAAACAUGGAGAGAUUGAAUCUCUUCUCGCUGGAUCCAGAUAUAGAUAACUUGAAACUUCAGAAAAAGGAUAUUUUAGAACCUGAGUCUGUGGUCAAACCAUUUGAAGAAAAAGCUUCCAAGAGAAUCAUGAUCAUUUGUAAAGCUCUCAAUUUAAAUCUUCAGGGAUGUGUUACCGAGAAUGAAAAUGAUCCAGUAACGAAUAUUGAGCCUUUUUUUGUAAGUGUGGCACUUUAUGACCUCAGAGACAGCAGGAAGAUUUCUGCAGAUUUUCAUGUGGAUCUAAACCACACCUCCGUCAGGCAGAUGAUCUCAGGGGUUCCCAUGGCUUUGGAAAAUGGCAACAUUGACACCCUCACUCCACCACAAUCAGAAGAGCCUUACAUCAAGGGAUUUCCAGAGGAAUGGCUAAAAUUUCCAAAGCAGGCUAUAUUUUCUGUAAGCAAUCCACACUCUGAAAUUGUUUUGGUGGCCAAAAUCGAAAAAGUACUAAUGGGAAACAUUGCAAGUGGUGCUGAACCUUAUAUUAAGAAUCCAGACUCCAAUAAGUAUGCACAGAAGAUACUAAAAUCCAACAAGCAAUUCUGCAGCAAACUGGGGAAAUACCGCAUGCCAUUUGCGUGGGCCGUGAGAUCAAUAUUUAAGGACAACCAGGGAAAUGUGGACAGUGACUCCAGAUUUUCACCAUUAUAUAGACAAGAAAGUAGCAAGAUAUCAACUGAGGACCUACUUAAACUAGUGUCCGAUUACAGAAGAGCUGACAGAGUAAGCAAAACGCAGACUAUCCCUGGAAGCCUGGAUAUUGCUGUUGACAACGUUCCUUUGGAGCAUCCAAACUGUGUAACAUCGUCCUUUAUCCCUGUCAAGCCUUUCAAUGUGAUGGCUCAGCCUGAACCCACAGUGGAGGUGGAAGAAUUUGUUUAUGACUCAUCCAAGUAUUGCCGUCCCUACAGAGUAUACAAAAAUCAAAUUUACAUUUACCCCAAGCACCUCAAGUAUGAUAGCCAGAAAUGUUUCAACAAGGCACGAAAUAUAACCGUGUGCGUUGAAUUCAAAAACUCCGAUGAAGAAGGUGCCAAGCCAGUGAAGUGUAUUUAUGGCAAACCUGGAGGACCCCUCUUCACCUCGGCCGCCUACACAGCAGUUCUGCACCAUUCCCAGAACCCAGAUUUCUCAGAUGAGGUAAAAAUUGAGCUACCAACACAACUCCAUGAGAAACACCAUGUUUUGUUUUCUUUUUAUCAUGUCACCUGUGACAUAAAUGCAAAAGCUAACGCCAAAAAGAAGGAAGCUCUGGAAACAUCAGUUGGGUAUUCUUGGCUUCCUCUGAAGAGACAUGAUCAGAUAGCUUCUCAAGAGUAUAAUAUCCCAGUAGCAACAAGCCUGCCUCCUAAUUAUUUAAGCUUUCAAGAUUCUGCCAGCGGAAAGCACAGUACGAGUGACAUUAAAUGGGUUGAUGGUGGCAAACCACUUUUCAAAGUAUCAACAUUUGUUGUAUCAACAGUGAAUUCUCAGGAUCCACAUGUGAACACGUUUUUUAAAGAGUGUCAAAAAAGAGAGAAAGAUAUGUCUCAAUCACCUACCUCGAAUUUUAUCCGCUCUUGUAAGAACUUAUUGAAUGUGGAAAAGAUUCAUGCUAUCAUGAGUUUUCUACCUAUAAUCUUCAAUCAGCUCUUCAAGGUCCUGGUACAGAAUGAGGAAGAUGAAAUAAGUACACCUGUGACCAGGGUUCUGACCGACAUUGUGGCCAAAUGCCAUGAAGAGCAGCUAGACCAUUCUGUCCAGUCUUACAUAAAGUUCGUGUUCAAGACCAGGACAUACAAGGAGAGAACUGUACAUGAAGAACUGGCUAAAAAUGUGACUGGCCUUUUGAAAUCGAAUGACUCAACAACAGUAAAGCAUGUCCUGAAGCAUUCCUGGUUCUUCUUUGCAAUUAUCCUAAAAUCAAUGGCACAGCACUUGAUUGACACAAGUAAAAUUCAGCUUUCCCGGGCUCAGAGAUUUCCUGAAUCUUACCAACAUGAGUUGGACAACCUCGUGAUGGUUCUAUGCGACCAUGUGAUUUGGAAAUACAAAGAUGCAGUUGAAGAAACAAGAAGGGCAAACCACAGCGUUGCCAGAUUUCUUAAGCGCUGCUUCACAUUUAUGGACCGCGGGUUUGUGUUUAAGAUGGUGAACAAUUACACCAGCAUGUUCUCCUCGGGUGAUCUCAAGACCUUAUCCCAAUAUAAAUUUGAUUUUCUUCAAGAAGUAUGUCAGCACGAACAUUUUAUUCCUCUGUGUCUCCCCAUCCGAUCAGCAAAUAUUCCAGAUCCUUUGACACCAUCAGAAUCAAUUCAAGAGUUACAUGCAUCAGAUAUGCCCGAAUAUUCAGUCACAAAUGAAUUUUGCCGCAAACACUUCUUAAUCGGAAUUCUGCUCCGAGAAGUUGGCUUUGCUCUGCAGGAAGACCAAGAUAUCAGGCACCUAGCUUUAGCUGUCUUAAAAAAUCUGAUGGCUAAGCAUUCAUUUGAUGAUCGAUACAGAGAACCAGAAAAACAGGCCCAGAUAGCAAGUUUAUAUAUGCCCCUCUAUGGCAUGCUUCUGGACAAUAUGCCAAGGAUUUACCUGAAGGACCUGUAUCCUUUUGCCAUUAAUACAUCAAAUCAGGGGUCUAGAGAUGACCUAAGUACCAAUGGAGGAUUUCAAACCCAGACAACUAUGAAGCAUGCAAACUCUGUGGAUACAUCAUUCUCCAAAGAUGUUUUAAAUUCGAUAGCAGCAUUUUCAUCAAUAGCUAUUUCUACAGUGAACCAUGCCGAUUCCAGAGCAUCAUUAGCAAGCCUCGACUCCAAUCCAAGUACCAAUGAAAAGAACAGUGAGAAGACUGACAACUGUGAAAAGAUCCCAAGACCCUUGUCUUUGAUAGGCUCAACCCUUCGAUUUGACAAGUUAGAUCAAGCAGAAACCCGGAGUCUUCUUAUGUGUUUUCUUCACAUUAUUAAAACGAUUUCAGAGGAGACUCUGAUCGCCUAUUGGCAAAGAGCACCCAGUCCAGAGGUGUCCGACUUCUUCAGCAUCUUGGAUGUUUGUCUUCAAAAUUUCCGAUACUUAGGAAAACGUAAUAUAGUAAGGAAAAUCGCUGCUGCCUUUAAAUUUGUACAAUCCACCCAGAAUAAUGGAACCCUCAAAGGAUCGAAUCCUUCCUGCCAGACAUCAGGUCUCUUGACACAAUGGAUGCAUGCCACUACCAGUCAUGAAGGACAUAAGCAGCACAGAUCACAAACUUUACCUAUAAUUCGAGGCAAAAAUGCACUUUCUAACCCAAAACUCUUACAGAUGUUAGACAAUACCAUGACCAGCAACUCCAAUGAAAUAGACAUUGUGCACCAUGUGGAUACUGAGGCCAAUAUAGCUACGGAGGUUUGCCUCACUAUUCUAGACCUGUUAUCCCUCUUCACCCAGAUACACCAGAGGCAACUCCAGCAAUCGGACUGCCAAAAUUCAAUGAUGAAAAGGGUCUUUGAUACCUACAUGCUCUUUUUCCAAGUCAACCAGUCAGCCAUAGCGCUGAAACACGUGUUUGCCUCCUUGAGACUGUUUGUUUGUAAGUUUCCUUCAGCGUUCUUUCAAGGGCCGGCAGACCUCUGUGGAUUGUUCUGUUACGAAGUCCUAAAAUGCUGUAACCACAGGUCACGGUCAACUCAGAUGGAAGCCUCAGCACUUCUGUACUUUUUCAUGAGGAAGAAUUUUGAAUUUAACAAGCAGAAGUCCAUUGUCCGAUCCCACUUACAACUCAUCAAGGCUGUAAGCCAGCUAAUAGCUGAUGCUGGAAUUGGAGGCUCUCGUUUUCAACAUUCCCUUGCAAUUACCAAUAAUUUUGCUAACGGUGACAAGCAAAUGAAAAACAGCAAUUUCCCAGCAGAAGUGAAAGACCUAACUAAACGUAUAAGGACUGUUUUAAUGGCCACUGCACAGAUGAAGGAGCAUGAAAAAGACCCUGAGAUGCUGGUAGAUCUCCAGUACAGCCUGGCGAACUCCUAUGCCAGCACCCCUGAGCUACGGAGGACCUGGCUGGAAAGUAUGGCCAAGAUUCACGCGAGAAACGGAGACUUAUCAGAGGCUGCUAUGUGUUACAUCCAUAUAGCUGCCCUCAUCGCAGAAUACCUGAAAAGAAAGGGUUACUGGAAAAUGGAAAAGAUUUGCACACCAUCCAUGCUCCUGGAGGAUGCCCACCCCUGUGAUAGCCACCCAUUACUAACAACUCCCGGUGGAGGAAGCAUGUUCUCAAUGGGCUGGCCAGCUUUUUUGAGCAUUACACCAAAUAUAAAAGAAGAAGGAGCAAUGAAAGAAGAUUCGGGAAUGCAGGAUACACCAUACAAUGAGAAUAUCCUGGUGGAGCAGCUGUAUAUGUGUGUGGAGUUUCUUUGGAAGUCUGAGAGAUAUGAACUCAUUGCUGAUGUCAACAAACCCAUCAUUGCUGUCUUCGAGAAGCAGAGAGACUUCAAAAAAUUAUCGGAUCUCUACUAUGACAUUCAUCGGUCCUAUCUAAAAGUUGCAGAGGUGGUGAACUCAGAGAAGCGGCUGUUUGGUCGCUACUAUCGUGUGGCCUUUUAUGGGCAGGGAUUUUUUGACGAAGAAGAAGGCAAGGAGUAUAUUUAUAAAGAGCCGAAGCUAACAGGUCUCUCUGAGAUUUCCCAAAGGCUGCUGAAGCUGUAUGCAGAUAAAUUCGGAGUAGACAAUGUGAAGAUCAUCCAGGAUUCCAACAAGGUCAACCCCAAGGAUUUGGACCCAAAAUAUGCCUAUAUCCAGGUAACCUAUGUCACACCAUUCUUUGAGGAAAAGGAAUUAGAGGACCGGAAGACAGAUUUUGAAAUGCAUCACAACAUCAACCGCUUUGUCUUUGAGACGCCCUUUACGCUGUCAGGCAAGAAGCAUGGUGGAGUGGAGGAGCAGUGCAAGCGGAGGACGGUCCUGACAACGAGUCACUUGUUCCCCUACGUGAAAAAGAGGAUACAAGUCAUCAGCCAGUCAAGCACAGAACUGAAUCCUAUUGAAGUGGCCAUUGAUGAAAUGUCCAAGAAAGUCUCCGAGCUCAAUCAGCUUUGCACCAUGGAAGAAGUGGACAUGAUCAGACUGCAGCUCAAACUCCAAGGGAGUGUCAGCGUGAAGGUUAACGCUGGACCAAUGGCCUACGCACGAGCUUUUCUUGAAGAAACCAAUGCAAAGAAAUACCCUGACAACCAAGUAAAGCUUUUGAAGGAAAUCUUCAGGCAAUUUGCAGAUGCGUGUGGGCAGGCCCUUGAUGUGAAUGAGCGCCUCAUCAAGGAGGACCAGCUGGAGUACCAGGAAGAAUUGAGGUCCCACUAUAAGGACAUGCUCAGCGAACUUUCUUCGGUCAUGAAUGAGCAGAUUACAUACAGGGACGACCCAUCAAAGCGCGCAGUGGAGCGAACCUGCACUCGGGCAAUUAGCAAGGCAACCCCGACCCUGCCUGCCGUCUCUGUCUCACCUAGUGCUGAGGUUUUGAGUCUGCAGCAUUUGACACACUUCUAAGAGAACUGUCUGAAUUUGCAGUUAAUCUCGGGGAAGAGAAAGAUAGAUUUAAUUUAUUUGAAGUUUUUAUGGUGUUAAUAUAUAUAUAUAUUUUUUACCUCGCUAGCUUGAGAAUUUUGCCAGCCUCCAGAUUUGCACAUUCCUUGUGAUGUUUUUCUUUGAGUGGCAUUGAGCAAGCCAAGCUGAAUAUUUGUCAUGAAAUUCCAAUGAAUGUGUAGCUCAAAAGCAAACCCUAAGUUUGCUGUCACUUAUUACAUGUUCGAUACCUAGUCCUAGUACACAUAUUUUAAAGGUUAAAGUGAAUGUUUUUGUACCAUUUAAGCAUAUUUCAAAUGUAAAUAAAAGAUUGUAAAAUAUAUGAUUUUUACCAAAUUGAAAAGAAUCUUUUUAGUUAAGACUUAUGACAGUACUAAAAUUAUAUGAUUAACAUUUCAGAUACCGUGAUAUUAAAAUAUUUGUGUCUGUGUACAAAAGUGUUGAUAAAUUCUGAUCUUUAAAGUUUGUGGAGUUCCUUUAUUUGUAAUAUAUGUCUCUUAAAAGCAACAGAGCUUGGAAGUAUGGAAGUAUUUUGUUGUUGUUAAUAGAAAUAAAAAAUACAGUUACUUUGCA